AUGGACGCCGGCGCAGCCUCCGUGGUUAGGCCUCGCGUCCGCCUGAGCGAGCGCGUCGCUGGGGUGCUGUGGGCGGGGCGUCCGCCGUCGCGGGGCUGCUCGAGCAUCAAUCGUCUCGCCCCAAACGCGAGCACGGCACCGCCGCGUGCCCCGCCCCAUUUCCCGCGAAGCCGCCCCGAGAGAAGUCGCACCUCCGCCCGCCGCUCAGCCGCCGCGGCGAUGGUGCUGGCCCCGCCCAUCGACGAUUUACUCGUCGGGACGCACGACGCCGCGGCGGUUCAGGCCGAGCGGAAAUCGCUGCAGGCGCCGUGUGGGGAGGCCCCACGACGCCCGUGGGGGGCGCAGUUGUCGUCAUGGCCUGAACCGCAACCGGAGGGAACUUGCAGCAGGUCGCCCAGUCGUACGCCGCCCGUGAGCUCGCGGGGGUUUUCCUCCAGCGAUUUCCCCGCUACAGGCGAACCGACGUUGCCGGCGGAAGCCUCCACGAGGCGAGUUGUGGCGGCGACAGCCGCAGCCGCGGGAAAGAGAGGGAGCUUUCCGACGCAGCAUGAGAACGAGGGCGUCGCCCCACGCGUGCUGGCGAGGGAAGCGAGGCCGCCCGCUCCGUUGCAGCAGGAAGAACCGCCAGCACGGCAGGGGUCGCGUCAGCCACGGAUGCCGAUGACAUGGGCGGACACUCCGAGCCCCUCGAGACCUCUGUUUGUUGGCUUGACGCCUUCCACGGACGCGGCGGGAGACGUGCUGCCGACGUGGAGGCCCGCCCCGCGCCCGGCGCCGCUGUUGCCGCCCCCGCCGGAGCGAAGUGACAUCGUCACGCUGCUGGUGGUGGUGAAGGCUGCAUCGGGCGCAGCUAGCAGGGACGGUGAUGACUACCACAGCGACGGCACCGCGAGUGACACGGGGACGGAUCCAAGGCUUGCGUUUGGGCCGCUUGUUGUGCGUGUCGUUCUGCCGCGAUUGCUGCUUGAGAAGGCGUGUGUCGUUGACCUCAAGACGGCGCUGGAGCGUGAGGUGGGCGUGGCAGGCGCACGGCAAACGUUGAGGGCCGACGGUGUGGUGCUGCUCGAUGCGUUGCCGCUCUCCUUCUUGGACCCCGCGACAAUUCUCUUCAUGGAGCCGGAGGCGCCCGCCGAAGCGUGGGCGGGGCAAAUUAACCUGCAGGAGAGUAGUCGGCGGCAGCUGCUGCCGCAGCGGGAGCGCGCUCCUGUACCGCAGCCGCGCGUGGCGUCGGCGUCGUCCUUGUCGGCGCGUGACUGUGCCGCGGCGCUGGAGCGGCUAGAGAAGUGCAUGCAGGGCUCGUCAACGCCGCCACGCCUGACAACCCCCGCAGCGGCGUGGAGAAGUUCCCAAGAGAAAACAAGUGCCGUUGGCGGCGGCGGCGGCGGCGGCGGAAGCAGCAGCAGCUGCGCCCAUGCGGUCUCGCGCGGGAGUUCGCAACCGGGUGACGACUGCAUUGAGGCCACUGUUUAUUUGGGCAGCGGCGGCGGCGGUGAGGAGGAGGAGGAGGAGGAGGAGAGUGCCGGUGCCACGCAGGACCGGAGGAGGCGCAGGGCGGAGGACGGCGCCAUCGGCCCUCCGGCAGACACCGUAGCGGCAUGCGGCGGCCCAUUCUUCGGCGCGGAGGAGGCGGACGCCCUUGAGCGGCCGGCGCUGGGCCAGCGGGCGCUGCUGGAGGACGCCACGGCGCGAGCGCAGCAGGAGCAGAUGGAGCUGCCGGUGUGGCUCAGUCGCAGAUCGGGGGGCGGCAGCGACAGUCCCCCAUGUGCGACUGUGGGAGAAUGA